CAUAUUGCUGUGAUAGCCUUCGCGCCCUGAGCUGUCUUGCGGUAGCGAUGCGACAGCCACCCUAGACAGGCAUUAAAUACAGGUGGUAGUGCAAAGCUGAUGCUCCCAGAACGCCAUCUCCCAUCGGCUCCAUCCUCCUCCCAGCGCACAUGUCAGCACCCGUCUCGUUCCCUGCACCCAUCGGUGGUGUGCCCUUUGAUAGUGAUUUUGCGCCUUCCCUGUUCUUUACUGUGCUAUAUGGCGUUGUAUGCUUGUUGGGGAUCUGGCGUAUGGCCCGGAAGAGCUCCCGCUCGAUGCUCGUUGGGACAACGCUCAUCUUCAUAGUGGAGCGUACCGUAAUCUGGUCUCUUCGCACGUGGCAAUCAAAGACGCCUGCCGAGGACACCGACCGCUUCCUCACGUCGUACUGGCAGAUGUCCUUCACCGCUGGCUAUAUCGCGAUAUACGGCAAGCUCCUGGCGUCGCUGAAGGGGCUCAUGAUGGGCGCGUUCAAACCCUCCCGGGCCACCUCCGUGCCGUUCGUGCUCGGGCCCAAAGACUUCGCGCCUGACCCCGAAUCAUCCGCGUCGCUCUUGCACUCCACGCUGCAACAAGACAAGUACACCGAGGUGCCCUCCGACGAGUCAAAGGCCGAGCUGCUGGAGGCCCCGGAAGACCCCGCGGUCGCGCGCAAACGCAAGAUCUUCAAGUACAUCUUCUUGUUCUUUGGGCUGCAAUCGCUCACGCCACUCCUGCUGGGCAUCGUUAUGGGCCAGCUCUACGUGAGCGCAGAGACGAAUGCGGGCAACGCCGCGAUUGUGGGGCCGCUGAGAUAUGUGAUCGCAAGCGUUUGCCUGGCCCUUCUCCUAUCCUUGCAAGGGUUGCUUCUGUGGGCAAGCCGCCUCCGGCGCACCCGCAAGUUCCCACUGAUCUUGCUCUUUGCUCUCGCACUUAUCCUCACUAUCAUUCCCAUCUACCAUUUCAUCAUCAUGGGGAACAAGACGACGUCGCUUAUCUCGACCGCACCAGGCUCAGACAACACGCCGGCCGAAAAGACGGCAUUCUACCUCUUCCAAGUCGUUCCCGAGCUGAUUACCAGCGCGACACUGCUGGGCAUCAACGCAAAAGAGGUCUUCAGCGCGUGAUGGCCUGCACAGCGUGGUGCUCCUUGUUGUAUGUAUGGUCUGCAUUUGUUUGACUUUCGAGGCGGACAAUAGGCAUCUUUUACCCACGCAGUAGCUGUAUCUGUAUAUUUCGCCUGGACUUGCAUCAUCGUACAUUGAAUAUCACUGCUUGACUUGACUCGAUGUCCAUUUCACAAGCCCGUGGGAGAAUCG